AUGUCCGCGGUAAACGUUGUGGUCCGAUGGGGGCGCGAGAAGUUCGAGCUGGAAGUUCACACUAGUGAACCGACCGAACUCUUCAAGGGACAGUUGUUUGCACUCACCGGAGUUCCGAUCGAACGCCAAAAGAUUAUGAUUCAGGGCAAAACCGUGCAAGACUCAUGGGACAACAUCAAACUCAACCCCGGUGCUAUGAUGAUGAUGAUGGGAUCAGCCGACCCUGUACCACAAGCCCCAACCAAGGAUACACCAUUGGCCAUGGACACCGACGCGCCAAAGGAGCUCUACCUACCUGUUGGACUAGAGAACUGCGGAAAUUCAUGCUAUAUGGCGGCCGUCUUUCAGACACUUCAUACCUGCCCUGAAUUCCAAGAAGCCUUGACGGCUUACAAGCUGCCAAGCGGAAGUCUCGAUGAUCCAAAAGAUGGCUUGAUCUAUGCCCUACGUGCUGCAUUCAAGAAGAUUGGGAGGGCGGAUGUUGGAUUUUUGCCGACUGAACUGCUUCUGGACAAAGUUCAACUCUGCUUCCCGGAUUUUGCCGAGAAAUUGCCAAACGGCAUGAACCAACAACAGGAUGCAAAUGAGUGCUUCACUGGGGUGAUGAGGACCAGCUUUGAUACCCUGGCUAGGCAAGAAGCUUGCAAACCAAAGGGUUCAAAUGCUGCCAUUGGUAAAUUCUUCACCGGAAAUUAUGAGAUCACCUACAAAAAUACUGAGAAUCCGGAUGAGCAGCCGGAAGUGAUUCACGAGGAUUUCCUGCAGCUCUCUUGCUACCUCUCCCAGGAAGUGCGCUAUCUUUCCACCGGUCUCAGCCAGAACUUGAACCAAGAAGUCGUGAAGUUCAGUCGAUCACUUGAUAGGGAUGCCAAGUAUCAAUCCCAGACGCUCAUCGAUCGACUUCCGGCCUACCUUUCCAUCCAAAUCGUCCGCUUUUUCUUCAAGGAAAGCACAAAGACCUACCAAAAGAUCCUGAAGGACGUGCAGUUCCCGUUCAAGCUGGAUCUGCAUCAUCUCUGCACCGCACGGCUUCAAGAGUUGAUGAAGCCGCAUCGGGAGGAGUUCAAGAAGCAGGACGAUGCAAAGCUGGAAUAUGAUAGUCAGCACAAGAUGGCGGUUGACAGCAAUGAGAAAGCGCACCCGGGCGAGGCGUUGCCGUUUUCGUUUGAGAAUGAUCCGGGGAGCAACAACAGUGCCUACUAUGAGCUGCAGGCUGUCAUUACGCAUAAGGGACGAGCAGCCAAUAGUGGGCAUUAUGUGGCUUGGAUUCGGCUUGAGGAGGAAAAGUGGGUAAAAUGCGAUGACGAUGAGGUUACUCCGGUGCAUAUCGACGAGGUAAAGAAACUGUCGGGUGGCGGCGACUGGCACACCGCCUACGUCUUGCUCUAUGGACCCAAAAUCUGCCGCAAAUUUGACCACCUCAUCAAAAAG